AUGGUAACCCUAUUAUUCUGCUGUGUGGUAACAGGAAGUGAGUAUAAUAUCCCAGUGUGCAUCUGGCUGCAUGAGACCCACCCGGCGUCCCGUCCUCGCUGCUUCGUCUGUCCCUCAGUCUCCAUGGUGAUCAACCCGUCCUGCACCUGCGUGGACGCCUCCGGGAACAUCAGCCUGGACGCCCUCAGCACCUGGACGCAGGGCUCCAACCUGUUGCUGCUGGUGUCGGAGAUGAGGCUGGUCUUCCAGAAGGACCCGCCCCUCUACUGCAGGCCACCGCCAGCCCUGGCCACGCCAGCCCUGGCCCCCCCGGCCGGUGGGACACCGUCUAGACAGAAAGCCACCCAAUGGGAGCGGAGCAGCGAGGCGAGGCGGUCGUACACCGAGGAGCUGCAGGGGAUCGACUUCAGUUCUUCCUCCAACAACCCCUUCCUCCCCCCCUCAGAUCGUCUGAGCAUCAGGAUGGGAGCUCUGACGCUGAGAUCAGGCUCACCUGUACACACCGUCCAAUCAGGAGCAACCUCAGACAGACAGGUGACCGUCCAAUCAGGAACAGCCUCAGACAGACAGGUGACCAUCCAAUCAGGAGCAGCUGGAGCGGAUCUCAUGAAGAUUGCAGCGGGUCUUCCUCCAGACAAGGCGGCCAUCUUCCUGUCUCUGGCCACCUUGGAGGGGCGGAGCUUCAGCCCCGGUGAUGUCAUGGAGGCGGUCAGACUCACCAGAGAUUUCCCAUCAGCCCUCAGGUUCCUGUCUCACUGCUGCCCGCUCUGCCAGGACCAGGUGUCCUUCAGUAAGAUCAUCACCAUGACCCACUGCUCCUGCUUCCUGUGUCAGACGUGUUUUAAGACGUUCUUCUCGACGGCCAUUAAGGAGCGGAGCAUCGACCAGCUGGUCUGUCCUCAGUGUGGCCGGCCAGAGGUCAAAGGUCACGCAGGGAUGGAGUACUUCAACCUGCUGGACACCCAGAUUCGUCACUUCCUGUCUCCUGAGCUCCAUGAACUGUUCCAGAGGAAACUCCGAGACCGGGCGCUGCAGGAGAUGCCCAACUUCCGCUGGUGUGCUCACGUGAAACUAAUGACGUAA